ACAUGCAAAUGAAAAGUGAAUGAAACAGUGUUCAUGAAUUUGGCCAUGUGCAUUGUGCAGACCGCGUUUGAGAGUCGAAGCUUGUGUUUAGUGACGAUUAACUCUACAUCUGCGUUUUAACAACUAUUUUAUAUAAAUAAAGAACAGAAAGCUAUGGCUACUGUUGAGUCACUCGCAGAGGUAACAGAUGUGGUUCAAAUCCUACGACAAUGGGAAGAAGACCAUGUUUCACCAACUUAUGAUCCCAUACCAACACUACAACGUUUAGCUGAAAUUAUAGAAAUUGAAACAGAGAAUUACUUGAAAAUGGAUCCUGAUCCAUUUGAUGAAAGACACCCUUCUCGCACAGACCCAGAAUGUAAUUUUGGCCAUAUUUUGAAAGUGUUAUUCAAGAAAGACAAUUUCAUGACAAAGUUAAUAAAUGAUUAUCUCAGGGAUACGUACUGGACUCGGUCAGGUGUGAAUGGUCGGGAUGUAAGGAAAUUGAAUAUAGCAGCAUGUCGCUUGAUGCUCGAUAUUUUACCUGGUCUUGAAACAUCGGCAGUAUUUCAACCUGAUAUGGAAGGCCUUAUUCACAGGCUUUUUUCCUGGGCUGAAAAAAGUAUAGAACCUUUGCAAAGCUAUGCUACAGGUUUGCUAGCUGCUGCAAUGGAAGUUCAGGAUAUUGCCACCGGAUUCAGAGACCAAAACGGUAAAAUGGUACCCUUGAUGUUGCAAAGAUUGCAUAAACUACAAGAAAAAGCACUGGAAGAUCGUCAAGCGGCCGUUAAUGCCCGUCCAUUUGCUCAUUUUGGUCAAAACAGGAAUAGCUUAGGUGAUUCUGAACACAAAGGUACUCCUGGUAAGCGAAAAGUCAGAGAGCGAAAACGAGAGAAUGGAACACUAAAAAGCCCUACACACUCAAUUUUAUGCUCUGAUGAAGAAGAUGGUCCUCAUAGUCCGGAUGAGCUGCCACCCAAUAAAAAGUUGAAAUCUCAAAAUAAUUCUGACAACGCUCUUUCAACUCCUGUGAAAGCAAGUGACAGUUCUUAUCCAGAGAUUAUGUCUCCGCCAUUAUCUAUUCCCAGAACAACUAGCAACUCCAACUUGCAAGUCACCCCCUCAAAAAAUCAAAACUCUCGUAUCACACCUCCAAGACCGGUCACCACAUUGACACCUGCCAGAUCUAAUUUGUCUAGAUCGCAAACUCAAGUCACAAGUGUACCUUGCUCAUUGGUGGAAAGUAAUUCGAACUCCUCCUGGGCUGAAAUGGAGUCUUACGUUAUUGGCAAUGUUCAGAUACAUCCACCAACUUUAGCAACCCGUCAGAUGCUUAUUUUAAGGUACCUGACACCAAUGGGAGAAUAUCAAGAAAAUCUUGGGCAUGUGUUCGAACAAAAUGCUUUGGAAUUGAUAUUAAAGUACAUAAAUGUACGAGAAACUAAAGAUAGCCGUUUGGCCUUUGAAGCAUUGAAAUACUUGGCAUCUUUAUUGUGUCACAAAAAAUUUUCCAUCGAAUUUUUGAACAUGGGUGGUUUACAAAAACUUUUAGACGUACCGCGACCAAGUGUAGCGGCAACUGGUGUGUCUAUUUGCUUAUACUAUCUCGCUUAUUGCGAAGAUGCUAUGGAAAGAGUCUGCCUCUUGCCAAAACAUAUAAUAACUGAUUUAGUGAAAUAUGCGUUAUGGUUACUUGAGAGGAGUCAUGAUUCUGGGAGGUGUCAUGCAACUAUGUUCUUUGGAUUCUCUUUUCCAUUCAAAGUUAUCCUUGAAGAAUUUGAUGCACAGGAUGGACUUAGAAAACUGUACAAUGUAAUUUCUACCUUACCCAUACUAAGUAUUGACGAGGAUCCAGCCUUGAAUGAUGACGAAGAAUGCGCAUCGAGACAAAUAGUCCGACAUGUAGCAGUCGCACUUAAAAGGUACAUGGAAGUACAUUUGUAUCUAAAAGCCGAACAACUUCAACGGGCGGAAAAUGCCAGGACAGAAAGAGAUACGUGGCAGCCAUCACUACCUCCCUAUAAGGCAUGUAAAUUGAGCAGUGAAGAAGUACAAACCAAAGUAGAGGCACUACAAGAAUUAAUGUCAGUUCGGGCACUGUGGCCACCUGUUGAAGAACUUUACAGACUUGGUGGCAUCACCUUAUUGUUGCAAAUUAUUGCCUUUGCUAGGGACUGGAAUUAUAGUGGCCGUGUGAAUACAACUUCUAGCGCCGAAACCGUACGUUCGUGUUUGGACGUGAUUGCCAUAUGCUCUGUGGUGCCAAAAGUCAUGCUUUUAUUAUGUGAAAGAGUCGACAUGCCUGAUAUGUCAAUGACCAUGGCUAUAAAUCUCUUGCUUGCCGCAGCUGAAUGUGAAAUUAUUGCUGAUCCUGACGUUCAAAGAGCCGCAUUGAGGGCCGUUGUGAACUGUGUUUGUGCACCAAUCAACAGGGUUGGAGGCAAUCUUGCAAGAUUUUCAUCCACUGGCUCAGCUAAGAAAAAAACGAACAAUCACAAUAGUGAAGAGCUGAUACAAAAAGUGUGGGAGAGCGUGAGAUCUAACAAUGGAAUAAUGGUUCUUCUGCAACUCAUGAUGGUGAAAACUCCGAUAACAGAUGCAGACAGUAUCCGUGCACUCGCGUGUCGAGCAUUAGCUGGAUUGGCACGCAGUGAAAAAGUUAGGCAAAUUAUCAGUAAAUUGCCUAUGUUUACUGAUGGUCAAAUUCAGGUUUUGAUGAAAGAUCCGAUAUUACAAGAAAAGAGGCAAGAACACGUGAUGUUCCAAAAAUAUGCACUUGAGUUAAUGGAAAGAGUUUCUGGCAAGGCAAAGCCAACGGGUAGCGAAUAUGAGAUUUCUUUGGCAAGCUUACAUAGGGCUAAUGUUGUGGCACAAACAAGAAUUCAGUAUAACGAACAGCAGUUAAAUCAGCUGAUUCAUCAGCAUUUUCUCGCGAGAGGUUUGACGGAAACUGCAGCUACAUUGCAAAAAGAGGCUUCCCUAGACUCAUCAGCUGUCAUGAAACCUGCCACUUCUCAUCAAGCAUUUCAUUAUAGAAGCCCGGCUUCAACGGGAUUAAGAGCGGGGUUCUCACCAGUUGCGCCAGUCAACUUAUAUAAUACAAACAGAGGGAACCAAAGAGAUGUUGCUGUGAGAACUGGAAGUACUCCGACUUCUGGAUCAUCUCGGUUCAUAUCCCAUACUGGUUCCACUUCCAAUGCAUCUCCUCUUCCCAACAACACACCCAUUAGAAUUAAGCUAGUAGAUUCACUCGGACAAUCUCCUGUCAAUACUAGCAUGAACCAACCAAUUAAGCUACAAAUAAAUCCAAAAAAAUGUCAGCUUGACAGACAGCCCACCACCACACCAUCAACAGUUUGCCAGGCAUUAUCACAACCACCAAGCAACAGCAGAUCCUUACAAAAACAGAUAUCGAGAGAUCCAGGAGGUGGAGGGCCUGGGGUAGCUACUACCUCCAAUAUCGCUACUGUUACCCUGGACUCAAUUAUUACCGAAUAUUUAACCAACCAACAUGCACUGUGCAAAAAUCCUAUGGUAACCUGCCCACAGUUUAAUCUUUUUGAACCACACAAGUGCCCAGACCCACGUGCAAAGAACUCGUCUCCAACAAAUUUGGCUGUUAGACUUACUAGAAGAUGUUUAGGAAUGGACAGCCGUCGUCUGGACAGACGAUAUAUUUACAGCCGAUUCUGCCCUGUAAAAACUUUCCGGCCCACAGACAUUGACGGAACGUUCACUUGCUGUUCAUUUUCAUCAUGUCAACAGUACUUAAUGUUGGGUACAUACACAGGAGAAGUGAAAAUGUUUAAUGUCCAUACUGGAACAGAGGAAGCCACGUACCAAUGUCACGAGUCGUAUGUGUACCACAUGGAGUGCAGUCAGAAGGGUAAUCUCUUACUGACAUCAACCGCUUGGAGAAGACCUAUGUCCGCUCUUUGGAGUAUCGGUACAUUUUUUGAUAUGAAAUUAGCUUUAGACAAUGAAGAUUAUGCAGAAUUUGGAAAACUACAAGAAAAAAUUAUUGGUACACAAGGUGAAAACGCAACGAUUUACGAUAUAGCCACUGGUAAACUGCUAACGACUUUGACACCUUCAAUUUCAAAUCAAUACACCAAAAACCGAGCCACAUCUAGUAUGAAUGAUGAACUUGUGCUGAGUGAUGGUAUUCUGUGGGAUGUAAACUCUGGCAAAGAAAUUCAUAAGUUUGACAAACUUAAUCAAACUUUGAAUGGUGUAUUCCAUCCUAAUGGAACAGAGGUUAUUUCUAAUACUGAAGUUUGGGAUCUCAGAACAUUUCAUCUGCUUAAAACAGUGACCACUUUGGAUCAAAUGGAAGUCAUAUUCUCACCUGUCAAUAAUAUUAUCUAUGCGGUAUCCCUGGAUCAAGAAAGCGAAGAUGAAGCUAACUAUGUUACAUCAUUCAAGACCUUGGACGCCCUCGACUAUAACAGCAUUGCUACGUGUGAUGUCAAAAGAGGUAUCUUUGACUUGGCUUGCAAUAAACACGAUACUCAAAUAGCAAUAGUUGAGAACCAAGGGGAGUUUGACAGCAUUCAAGAAUCUUGUGUCCGACUUUACGAUGUUGGGAGACGAAGAGAUGAUGAAGAUGAGGCUGAGGAAGAUGAUGACGAAGAUGAGAUUGACGCUAGUGACGAUGAUGGUUCUAACUCUGCUUCAGAUGAUAACAAUGCAGAUGAUGGCGAUAACGGAGAUGCUGCCGGCGAAGACAAUGCAGAUGAGAACGAACGCAAUGAUGGAGAUGAUAAUGAUGAAGAUGGCGGAGAUGGUGAUAAUUCGGGUGACGAUAGUGCAGAUUAUGAUCCUAAUGAUGAUAUCAAUGGUUCCGAUCUUUCGGACGAUUUCUCUUUAUCUGAUAUGGAUGAUCUUGAGAUUUUAUUUUCCUGAACACCGCUGGAAAAUUUAUUUCUUCGCAAACGCGUUGGUGGAUCAUUUUGUGCCAAGAGGUAAUUUUGAAGCGAUACAGUUUCAAUGGAGUUACUUACUCCGAAAAUCCCGUUCGGUCUAACUCAAGUUUGUCAGACGUGGGUAUACAGGCUUUUAUUUUCGUACCAUGAGUACUAAACAGUCUAAGAAUUUUGUCAAGUGCCGCACUCUGUAGAAGUUUUGAGUAUCUAUCAAGAGUUGUAAUAUUUUUAUAAAAUGCAUAAUUUAAGUGGUGCAUUAGAAUUAAUAUAUUCCUCAUCAUUAAUCAUUAUUAUCAAACAUUUCAACUAUAUUUGUUAAUUCAUUACAAGCUGAUGUAAACAGCUCCGAUUAUCAUAUUCCAGCUAGAGAACAGAAAAUUUGUUGAUUUCCUUCAAUAUCUCGGAUUAUACUUGAAAACGCCUUACUCGCAUAAUCCAUGAGUUGAAGCAGUUCAUUGAUUGUCCCUUAUAAAGUCUGAAAAUAUUGAUACAUUUUUCAUUUUCAUCGUUAGAUCAGCUCAAAACUUUUCCAAAUAAUAGAAUAUUAUUUGCGUCUUCUGCAUAAUGACGGCUUGUCACAUGGGCAGAAUUGUACAGUGUUGAUAUUGAAUUCAAUUUAAAAAUGAAGUGUACAUUUUAAAUACGUGGAACGUCAUGAAGUAUACCAGAAAUCUUCACUGGACUUGAUAGGCUUCAUUCAGUGAGACGUUACCUGCUAUUUGUUUACAUGAUACAGCGUAAACAAGUAGAAUCAAUUGAUUUCCUCAUGAAAUAUGGGUUUGUGCUGAUUUUUUAUGGCCACCGAUUUAUGUAUAAUACUAUGUAAGUAUACCGUAGGUGAAACAGUUAAUAUUGUAAAUUUCAAGAGCAAAUAAAAAAAUUAAUAUUAGAAA